GAAAGCAUUUGUGUCCAAGUUCAGCCAGGACAGAUGAAGGAAACUGAAAGGCCAAUGCCAUCACUGGCACCAGUCCAGUCCAAAACCAUAAUGCUGAGUCAGCCAGUUGGUAGGAAUUCCGGCAUACCAGGACUUGGCAUUAUUAAUCCCCAGAUAAUUAGGAUACAGCCUGUUUCAGGAACUGAGCAGCAGCAGCAGCUAUUCCUGCAGAGUUCUUCCGAGUCUCCAGUUCAGCUGCUGAUGCAGAGACCUUUACCCUCUCCUGGAUCAGUGUCUGUGAACAAGACUCGCACAUCCAAGAUGGUAAAUGGGCAGAAAGCUGCUCGGGCCAGAGCUUCAAGGUCUUCAAGUGCCACCACGGCUGCAGCCAGCUCAGCAAAUACACCAUGCCUUGAGAAAAAGACAAAGGAUGACAAGUUAAAGAAGUCCUUGAAAGUGAAAACUCGUUCUGGACGGAUUUCACGGCCCCCCAAGUACAAAGCUAAAGAUUAUAAGUUCAUUAAAAUGGAGGAUUUGGCUGAUGGUCACCAGUCUGAUUCUGAUGACUACUCUGAGCUGAGUAUAGAAGAUGAUGAAGAAGGAAAGGUGAAAGGAAAGGAUGCAUUAUUCAGCUCUUCAAAUUAUAAUCUGAAACCCAAAAUGUUUAAGUGUCAGACAUGUGAAAAAUCUUAUAUAGGAAAAGGAGGAUUAGCAAGGCAUUAUAAACUUAACCCAAGCCAUGGACAGCUGGAGUCAUCACCUCAAAAAGUACCUCUAAAUAAGCCUAAUGGAAGUGUAUUUGUGGACAGUGCCUGUGGAAUAAGAGAGGAAAUGAUGAGUCCAGCACAUUUGGAUUCAACUGCUGUCACCUUAAAUCAGGAGAGUGCACUAGCUACCAGCCUGGAAGAAACUGUUGAUUCAAAGGCUGGAGAACAGAUUUCUAAGCCUGAGGACAGCAGGCAGUUGCUGGCAGAGCAGCAAAACGAAAGCAGUUCGGGACAGCGAGGUCCAGUGACCCCCAAAGGCCCUGGAAGGCCCCGGCGGCCGAGGAGACGUGGUCGGCCAAGGAUGGGUGGAAGAUCCAGGUGUUCUGGAAGGCUGAGCAGACCUGGUCAGUCCCCUUCAAAGUCACUUAGUAGUGUGUCAGCAGAGCACAAUGUAUUCAGAAGAAAAGCUAGGUUAAAAGAGCUGAUACAACAGUGUGAUAAUGAGGACUUUAUGGAACUGGCUCUCCCACGCCUCACAAAGCUUGUUACAGUGUAUGAAUUCCUGUUGAUGAAGGUUGAAAAAGGCUAUCCAGCCAAAGCUUACUUCCCAGAUGUGUACAGGGAAUUUGAAGACUUGCAUAAGAUGGUAAAGAAAAUGGCUUAUGAUCACCUCAGUAGUUCUGACUCUGUGAGUUGCCAGCAGCCUGUUGAAAUAAAAGAUGCUAAGGUUGCUGAAUCACUCGGAAUUACAGAAAUACUCUGUGGAGAAGGAAAGCCACAAGGUGCAAACUGUUGUUCACAACGUGAAGUUAAAAUGGUUAGUGAGCAAGUACCUGUGGAGAUCCUGGGACAGAAACGCUUAGCUGAGAGCUCAGGGGAGGAACUGUUGCCACCAGCCAAAAGGACCAAGGUGGAAGACGUGAUGGAGGAUGUGAAUAAUGCUUAUGCCAGUCAAGGUGAAGUGAAAGAGAAGAGUGGGAAUUUGUGUGCACUCUUUGAAAAAGAUGGUUUCAAUCCAUUAAAUGGAGAAAUCCUGCUGCCAGAGGAUGCUUGCUGCACAGCUGGAAGUCCAUUACCCACAGCAGAGGAACAUAGUGCCCUUGGGGAUUCAGGAGUUAGAAUGGAUGCUGCAAAUUCAGGGACCUUCUCCCAGCCAGUGGAAAUGAGGAUAGAGUAUUCCCAACCUGUGAACAUCCAGGGGGCAGACAUGGAAGGUGAUGCAUCCCUGCUGCACACUGAGGUUGUGCUGCCUGUGGGAGCAGAAGGCUCACCUGGAUUGGUCCAAGGGCACUUUGUGAGUGAGGAUGCAGCUCCUCAACUUGGCAGCUCCAUGUCAGAGCAAGCACUGGGCAGUCAGAGCCCUGACUCACCAACCAGUGGAGAAAACAGUCACAAUCCAAACUAUCAGGAAUUGCAAGAAGAAAACCCUAACUUUGCCAUUAAAGAACACUCUGAGCAACUCGAUAAUGCUGCUAUGACUGAGGAGCUGCAGGAACUUGAGAAGGUUUUCUCAACAGACAUUGUGCCAAUGAACUACCCCCACAGUGCUCAGCCUGAGCCACACCAGGAUGUUGUGCAAGGAGCCUCCCUGGCUGCUCCUGGGAGCCAGGGAACUGCUUUUAAAACCGGGAGUGAGUUUUCCUGUGGGACGGAGGGAGCAGAGGAGCUGGCGAACGCAGUGAGUGUGGAUCAAACUGUAGCUUUUGAGAUUUCUGAGGAGAGCCAUGAUUUUUUGUCUCAGGGACACGACCAGAUUUUUAUCCAGACUUCAGAUGGGCUAAUCCUGUCCCAUCCAGAUGCUGCUGUUUUGUCUCGGGCCGAAGGCAUCGUCAUUGUCACCGAUGCCAACGGCACCACCAUGCACAUUCGCACUCCCGAGGGGAUACCUCUGGAGACUGUGGAAGCACUGCUGGCAAUGGAAGCAGAUGGCCAAAGUGAAGAUAUUUUGCUCUAGCAGAGUGAAUUUGAGCCAUAAAUUUAGCAAAACCCUCUAAAGCUUUCUUCUGGGAAAGACUGAUUCUAAAAAUGUAUAUUUUUCUAAUGUGAAGACUGAGAGAAUUGAAAUUUAACUUAUUUGUAAACUGUUUCUAUUGCCCUGUACUUUUUUAUAACUUAUGUUUCUAUAAAUCUAGCAGCAUUGCAACCAAAAAUUCUAGGAUUAACAGCGUUCUCUUUGCUUUUUAUGUUGGGGAUGGGUGGAAAGUGGAAAUCUGUCAACCCUAAAACUGUUGCACUGUUCCCUUUUUUUUUUUUUUGGUUACAUAAUUCCUUUUCUCUCUAGCCAUCUGAAAAUGCAGUAAGUUGUACUGCUGCUCAGCAGUGAUGUGCUGUGUACUGGCAAGCUGUGUAUGGGUAAAAAUAAAAGCUAUAU